AUGCAAACACCAUCGCAGGUAGCGGCGUUAGACCUAGAACCGGCCGAAGACACGGCUUCGAAGGACGGGGUCCAGAAGGGCCAUUCACUACAGAAAAUAGUACGGUUUGAUCUCAAGGAGGAAGGGAAUCACAUCCUGGCGGUUAGCGUCAGCUACACGGAGACAUUGAUUGGGUCGGACGCGCAAGCAGCCAGCGGGCGCGUGAGAACUUUCCGCAAGCUCUAUCAGUUCGUGGCACAGCCCUGUUUGAGUGUGCGAACCAAGUCUUCAGAGCUGGCGCCCCUGGAAGUCGAGAACAAGACACUCGGACCAUAUGGCAAGACCCGGCUGCUCCGGUUUGCUCUGGAAGCACAACUAGAGAAUCCAAAGUGCAGACACCUCCUGGGCGACAUGCUAAUCUUGACAGCAAACGAGGCUCAAUCCGAAACCGCCAUUCAAGGCCGUAUCUCUCAAUUGGGAUCUACAAGGACCGGAUCAAGCGGAUCCGCGGCCACCGACUCUACAUCCGCGGGAUGUCUUGCAGGUCGCAUUCCUUGUCGAGCAAGAAGAAGGCCAACAGGAAGGGCUGGAGACCCUGCAGAAGGACAUGAAACGCGACGGACGCGCAGUGCUGGGCCAGCUGUCGAUCGAGUGGAGAGGCGCGAUGGGCGACAAAGGAUUCCUAACGACGGUCUGAAGACUCACAAGCUCACCGGUGAUUUUCCUCAACCAAUCACCGACUCCACGGAGGCAUGCAUCAGCGCUGAAGAUGAAUGGAUGAGACGGGAGCCAAGCGGAUGUUGCACGGAUGCGAACCUUCUCAGGGCAGCCAAUCCCAAUCCCCUAGCUUACGACACUUUGCGUGGUGGUUACACACGUUUAAACGGGGACAAAGAAAGCGACGAGACUAGCUACCAACGGCACAUCAUAUGUUCGGGGGCUUAUCUAGUACUAGUAUAG